AUGGACAAGUUCAAGAAUGCAGUUGACUUGGUGUCAGUUGGUCUUGAUGUUGUCAAACUAUUCACAACAGCUGCUGCUAGUAUUAUGGAAGAAGAGCAGCAGACUCCGCAUCAGAAUCAAGGUGCUGACAACCAGGAAGCCAGUACAAUUGACAAGUUGAAGGAUACAGUUGAAAUGGUGUCAGCUGGUCUUGAUGUUGUCAAACUAUUCACAACAGCUGCUGCUAGUAUUAUGGAAGAAGAGCAGCAGACUCUGCAUCAGAAUCAAGGUGCUGACAACCAGGAAGCCAGUACAAUUGUAAUACUGUUAACAUCUAUCUAUCUAUCUAUCUAUCUAUCUAUCUAUCUAUCUACAUACAUACUCUUUCUAUUUUUUCAUUCCUCACAUCUCUUUUUCUUUCUCCUUCACUUUCUCUAUUUGUCCCAUUGUCUUUCUCUUCCUACAUUUAUCAUUUGUUGCAUUUUCUUUCUUUUUCUCUAUUUGUCCCAUUCUCUCUCUCCAUUUGUUGCACAGUCUUUCAAUUACUCAUUUAUCUAUUUCUUUUUCUUUAUUUGUCACUUUCUUUUGCUCAUUCUUUUGUCUCAUUCUUUUUCUCUUUCUUUAUUUGUCUCAUUCUUUUUCUCUUUCUGUAUUUGUCUCAUUCUUUUUCUCUUUCAUUAUUUGUCUCAUUCUUUUUCUCUUUCUGUAUUUGUCUCAUUCUUUUUCUCUUUCAUUAUUUGUCUCAUUCUUUUUCUCUUUCAUUAUUUGUAUCAUUCUUUUUCUCUUUCUUCAUUUGUAUCAUUCUUUUUCUCUUUCUGUAUUUGUUUCAUUCUUUUUUUUCUUUCUUUAUUUGUUUUCUCAUUCUUUUUUUGUCUAAUUUCUGUAUUUGUCUCAUUCUCUUUCAUUAUUUGUCUCAUUCUUUUUUUCAUUAUUUGUCUCAUUCUUUUUCUCUUUCAUUAUUUGUCUCAUUCUUUUUCUCUUUCAUUAUUUGUCUCAUUCUUUUUCUCUUUCAUUAUUUGUCUCAUUCUUUUACUCUUUCAUUAUUUGUCUCAUUCUUUUUCUCUUUCAUUAUUUGUCUCAUUCUUUUUCUCUUUCAUUAUUUGUCUCAUUCUUUUACUCUUUCUGUAUUUGUCUCAUUCUUUUUCUCUUUCAUUAUUUGUCUCAUUCUUUUUCUCUUUCAUUAUUUGUCUCAUUCUUUUUCUCUUUCUUUUAUUUGUCUCAUUCUUUUUUCUCUUUUUCAUUAUUUGUCUCAUUUUUUUUACUCUUUUCAUUAUUUUUCUCAUUUUUCUUUUCUCUUUCAUUAUUUUUUCUUUCAUUAUUUUUCAUUCUUUUUCUCUUUCAUUAUUUGUCUCAUUCUUUUUUUUCUUUUUCAUUCUUUUUCUCUUUCAUUUUUUCUCUUUCUUUUUUCUUUCAUUAUUUCUUCAUUUUACUCUUUUUAUUCUUCUCAUUCUUUAUCUUUCAUUAUUUUCUCAUUCUUUUCUCUUUCAUUAUUUGUCUCAUUCUUUUACUCUUUCAUUAUUUGUCUCAUUCUUUUUCUUUCAUUAUUUGUCUCAUUCUUUUCUCUUUCUUUAUUUGUCUCAUUCUUUUACUCUUUCUGUAUUUGUCUCAUUCUUUUUCUCUUUCAUUAUUUGUCUCAUUCUUUUUCUCUUUCAUUAUUUGUCUCAUUCUUUUUCUCUUUCAUUAUUUGUCUCAUUCUUUUACUCUUUCUGUAUUUGUCUCAUUCUUUUUCUCUUUCAUUCAUUUUUUUCUUUCUUUUUCUCAUUCUUUUUUUCUUUUCAUUUUUUUCAUUAUUUUUCUUUUUUUCAUUUUUUUUUCUUUUUCUCUUUCUUUUCUCAUUCUUUUUUUCUUUUCUUUCUGUAUUUGUCUCAUUCUUUUUUUCUUUUUUUUAUUUGUCUCAUUCUUUUUUCUUUUCAUUUUUGUCUUUUUCUUUUUCUUUCAUUAUUUGUCUUUUUUUUUUUUUUUCUCUUUCUUUAUUUUUUCAUUUUUUUUUUUUUUUUUUUAUUUGUCUCAUUCUUUUUUUUUCUUUUUUUUAUUUUUUUCUCAUUCUUUUUUUCUUUUCAUUAUUUUUCUCAUUCUUUUCUCUUUCUUUAUUUGUCUCAUUCUUUUUACUCUUUCUAUUUGUCUCAUUUUUUUUUUCAUUAUUUGUCUCAUUUUUUUCUCUUUCAUUUUUGUCUCAUUCUUUUUCUCUUUCAUUAUUUUUCAUUCUUUUUUUUUUUUCUUCAUUUUAAUUCAUUUCUUUUCAUUAUUUUUCAUUAUUUGUCUCAUUCUUUUUCUCUUUUUUUCUCUUUUUUAUUCUCUCAUUCUUUUUUUUCUCUUUCAUUUCUUUCUUUUUUUUAA